AUGGCCCCCUCCUCCUCCCAGGUCGGUCACGGAAUAGCCAAGGUCCUUCGCAUCAAUCUCUCCGAGCGACAGGCACAGAAAGAUGCCAUCACACGAGGCGAAUCAACGUAUUCGGUCAGUACCGCCGAGACAUAUGUUGAGGAGGAACCAAGAACCAUCGAUUGGAUCAGAGAUAUCACUCCCUCAAGAUCCGAUGUUCUCACCUACUUCCGCAAUCUAUUCCCUUUCACAAGAUGGAUCCUGCGGUAUAAUCUCCAAUGGCUGAUAGGCGAUCUUGUGGCCGGUAUCACCGUGGGCGCCGUCGUUGUCCCCCAGGGCAUGGCGUACGCCAAACUGGCCGAGCUUCCCCCCGAGUUCGGCCUCUACUCGUCUUUCAUGGGCGUGUUGAUCUACUGGUUCUUUGCCACUUCCAAGGACAUCACCAUCGGCCCUGUCGCUGUCAUGUCCACCAUUGUCGGUAACGUCGUCAACAAGGUGGCAGUAGACCACCCGGAAGUUCCAGGUCACGUCGUGGCGUCCGCUUUGGCCAUCAUUGCCGGCGCCAUCGUCUGCUUUAUUGGCCUGAUUCGAUGCGGCUGGAUUGUCAACUUCAUUCCUUUGACUGCGAUUUCAGCUUUUAUGACUGGCUCGGCCAUCAGCAUUGCAGCGGGCCAAGUUCCGGCAAUGAUGGGGAUCAAAGUUAAGGGCUUCAACACUCGCGCCUCUACGUACUUGGUCAUUAUCAAUACUCUCAAGUAUCUUGGGCACACCAAGCUUGAUGCUGCCAUGGGACUGACCGCACUGUUUUUGCUUUAUGCCGUCCGCUUCAUAUGCACCGUAUUGGCAAAGAAACAUCCCAGCCGGGCCAAGACAUAUUUCUUCAUCUCCACUCUCCGAACGGCCUUCACCAUCCUUCUUUACACCAUGAUCAGCUGGCUUGCCAAUCGCCACCACCGGAAGAAGCCUAUCUUUGCGAUUUUAGGAAAGGUCCCUCGUGGAUUCAAGCACGCUGCGGUCCCUACGAUCAACACCGACAUCAUCAGUUACUUUGCAAGCGAGCUUCCUGCCUCGGUCAUUGUCCUGCUCAUUGAGCAUAUCGCCAUUUCCAAGUCGUUUGGUCGCGUCAACAACUACACCAUCGAUCCAUCGCAAGAGCUGGUUGCCAUCGGAGUCAGCAACCUGCUCGGCCCCUUUCUGGGAGGUUAUCCCGCGACUGGCUCCUUCUCAAGGACCGCAAUCAAAUCCAAGGCUGGCGUCCGGACCCCGUUUGCCGGUGUCAUCACCGCCAUUGUCGUCCUAUUGGCUAUAUACGCACUGCCGGCCGUCUUCUUCUACAUUCCGAACUCAUCACUGGCGGCUGUCAUCAUUCACGCUGUGGGUGACUUGAUCACCCCUCCCAACACAGUCUACCAAUUCUGGCGGGUGUCACCCCUGGAGGUGAUUAUUUUCUUUGCCGGUGUUUUGGUGACCAUUUUCUCCUCCAUCGAAAAUGGCAUCUACACCACCAUCUGCGUGAGCGCGGCCGUCUUGCUGUUCCGCGUCGUCAAAGCUCAUGGCCAUUUUGUUGGCCGAGUCAAAAUCCACUCAGUCAUUGGCGAUCACUUGCUUGAGGACAAAUUUCACGACGAGCCGAACAAGUCGGACACCGAGACGGCUGUCCGGGACCUUUUCCUGCCUCUGGACCACAACGGUGGUACAAAUCCCGAAAUCAAGGUGGAUUCCCCUUAUCCUGGUAUCUUCAUCUACCGAUUCAGCGAAGGCUUCAACUACCCCAACGCCAACCACUACACAGAUUAUCUGGUCGAUUACAUUUUCAAACACACCAGACGAACCAAUCCUGACUCCUGGCCACGGCCUGGCGACAGACCGUGGAACAAUCCUGGUCCUCGACGAGGGAGGUCAGAACCCGAUCGAUCAUACCUUCCGACGCUCAAAGCUAUCAUCCUCGAUUUUUCCGCGGUCAAUAAUGUCGACGUUACCAGCGUCCAGAAUCUCAUCGAUGUACGCAACCAACUCGAUCGAUAUGCUGCUCCGGAUGUUGUGCAAUGGCAUCUUGCUUGCAUUAACAAUCGUUGGACCAAGCGUGCUCUCGCCUCGGCCGGAUUUGGCUACCCCACACCUCCGGCGCAGGAGUAUAGCCGGUGGAAGCCCAUCUUCAGCGUCGCGGAGAUUGGUGGCUCCAGCUCGGCUGCAGCAGCUGCCGAACAAGAGACGAACAGAAGACUGUCGAGACAAGCCCGGGACGUAGAGGCGGGCGGAGUUCGCAGCGGUAGCGUUGCAAAUGAUCCCAAGUCCGAUGUUAUCUCACAGGACCUAUCCAAGGAUGAUUCAGCCACCACUUCCAGCAAUGGCCAUGAUCUUCACCGGGAGAUCAGCACUAGCAAAGCGUAUAACAGACAGCAGAGCAGGCAGGUGGUGGUUCAUGGAUUGAACCGUCCAUUCUUCCACCUUGACUUGACCAUUGCGUUGCAAUCCGCCAUUACCAAUGUCGAGCACCAGGAACGCCUCAGGAGAGCCGAGGCUGGACAAGGUGGCGAUUAUAAUGUCGGCAAGGAAUUGUGA